CUGUGUAAAUAACUGAUUUCAGCUCCAUGCUUCAGUUUGGUUAGCAGUCGUGCUACACCGCACAUAAUGUAACAAAACAAAAACCUUCUUUCUUCUAUUUUUCCACAUACCGUACACAAGCUAGUUAGAUAAAAGUGUGAACUACACAAUAAAACAUAAAUAAAACACAAUUAGUUCAAGCAGAAAUUUCACGUUAAAGCAUUUCAACUUGUUCUUCCUGUUUGGCUACUUUGCCUAAGUUACAGAGUGAAGCAGUGGAUUGUAACUCCAAGAAAACUGAGGAUCGGGUAGUUUGACAUUUUGGGAAUCGUGUCUUUUGGCUUCCAACCCCAGAUUUAAAUGAAAGAUUUUCCACUUACAAAUCAUCUUGCAAUGUUUCAUGGGAAAAAGCAGCGAGGCAUGGUUUGUUCUGAAUAUGAGGAGGUUAACGAUGUAACUGGAAUAUGGAAAACCGAUGUCUAUUGAGAACUCUGAACCAGGGUGGAGAUUAAAUUUGAACUUGACCAAAAACAUUUUUUUUCCAUGUAGAUCUGUUAAUACUCUUUUGUUUUCUAAAUUAUAUUUAAAGGAUAAAUGUCUCCUCUGAGCAAGGCAUCCCUUUUUUCCCAAAAUGUCAAACUAGUUUUAGAAAUUGUGACUGCAGUGUUAAGUUACUUUCCAAAGUAAUUUCCUCUUCCACAAGUGUGCUGUGCAUCAAAAAUAGUAUUUUUUUUAUAUAAAUAUUCUUCUAAAGCGAUAUUUAGCUGCAGCUGAGGUUAUCACUUGUUCUUAUCUCUGAACUACAGGCUUGUAAAUAUUCUUCUCUUGCUCGACCUUUCUGACCCGUCUAUUCCUCCCGCUGUACAUUUCUGAGCUUGUACAUAUAAAAAGUGUCUGAUUUAAUACCACUUUUUCUCUUCAAGCCUUUUUUUCCUGAACUAAGAGGACGAUGAGCUUUACUCACGCACCCAGUCUUCACUGUGAUUGAGGCCUUGGAUGAGCUUUAUGAAGCUGAGGAGGGGUUUUUUUUUUCCUGCAAACUUCUGUCCUCCUUUUUGAAUCCACUCAAAAGAGGAAGAGGAUAAUGUAACCUGAUCUUUGUUAUAAACAUGUUUCGGGACUAGAAGUUAGAUUCCCUUGAGAUACUCAGUAAGUGGAAGGUGGAGUUCACCGGUGGGGAGACUUCAACAUGUACCAACUUGAAUAAAAUCCAUAGUUUGAAUUGAUUUGGGCAAGGGUGGGGUUACUUUAUGUGGUUAAAUCCCUUUAAAUUGUCCUCUUUAAACAAAUUCAUAUAGUUAUUUGAAACACUCCAGGUGUUUGAGACCUCUUCACUGCAUUUUUUUAUCCACUAAUUUCACAUCUUUCCUAACCCAUCUUAAGAGAAGAAUAUCUGUAUCUUUCAAAUCUUCAUUGAAUUAAUAAAAAAAAAAAGUCAAAGUUGACACUAAGGCAGGAAUUCUCCCUGUUGUGCAGGAACUGUAUGCACUCUUUCAUGUAGUCUAUUUUGGUGGUAAGAGGUGCAGCCCACUUCUAAUGUGUUCAGUGUUUCAUCUCCCAUGCUUAUUUAGUUCAAAUGCCAGCUAAACAAAAAUGCUCUUGUUUAUAGAAUGUGAAAGCUUACAUUGUAAAAAUGUAACAAAUGCUUGCUACUACAUUGUUGGCACAAGUGCUGAUUUUUACUGUUACCAUUUAAUAUGACCUGCAAUAACAUGUUGGAGCUACUACAUACUAGUUGUUUACAAAAGUAAAAUAUGAGGACAAAACGGCAACCUUUCUUAGCUAAAACCACAGUGAACAUCCUAACUGUCCUUGUAAAUGAGGGUUUUGUUUUCUGUAGGACACCUUGGUGGAAAUGACUGAAGAAGCUGAUGGCCUGUGUGUAUUUGAUAUUUUACCUGCUGUUCUCAUCAAUGAUGUUGUGUCACUGAUCGUUGAGUGUCCAAGUCCUUUCUGGUGUGAUGAACACAUUUCUGCAGCCGCGGUUUGCCUCUUUGCGUUUGACUCAGCUUUGUCACAAAGAAAUUCUUUGGUUUAUUUACCCCCUUUUUUAUGUGAUUUAUUUUGCUGCAAACUGCUUUACACUUUUUUUAUUUUUUUAAGGAAACUCAAAUUUAUGAGAAAACACUUGGUUGAAGUCACAGACUAUGCUUAUUUACCUCCAUUGUCAGUGAUUAAAAGAUGAAUUUCCAGUGGGGAUAAAUGACUUUAAGUUGCAGCCACCCACUACCCAUAAUGCAAUUUUUUUCUUUAGUUCUUCUUUUCUAAAUAUGGUUUGAAAGCUUUUUGGUGGCUCAUUUUGGUUUGAUGUUUAAUAGUCAGCUGCAAUUUGAAGUCUUAUUCUACAGCUAAAUGUUAUGGUUUUUAAAUUGAUAGAGUCCAUACUAAGCUUAAUUACAAGUCCCUAUCAAAAGUGAACUUAGAAUCUUUUAUGUGAAAGCCCCCUUCAUUUUCACUACAUCUUAACACGAAUACAGUCAGAAACAGACACUUCUAAAAGCAGUCGCCAUGUUUAUUAUUAUUAUUUUCGGAAGAGGGGGUGUCAGAAGUUGUACUGUGACUUUAAUAGAAUAGUUCGAUGUUUAAGCGUUGGCUCUUCUGCUCCCUCUAGUGGACUUGAGCGAUAUUUCAUCUUACAGUAUUUGCGUAACCCGGAAGUGCAGUAACUACUUCAAAAAUAACUGCACGUCUUUAAAGUAUAGAAAGUAUGACUGACCUGCAGCAGUUGUAUGCAAUUGACCCCUUCGCGGUGAUUAAAAAGAAUGUACACAAAAAUAAAAUACGAGACGGAUUAAUACGUUAAGUUCGCCUUUUAAAAAUAACAUUUUAUUUUUUCUCGUAUUUGUCAAAGAACAUGUUUCUGCAACCAAACGAUGCCAACUUUCAGUAAAGGGGGUCUUAAAGUGAACAAUAUUUCAGCUGGUUUCUCGUCGUAAUUUUCCUGUAUUAAAACGCUGUUCUUCUAAUAAACACUCCGCAGUGUCACAGGCUAUAUGGAUUUAUAUCUGUGGCAGGAAUGUGUAGCGUCUGACUAACCUCACUUCUAACUUGUGGUGUCAUGUUUGUUUACACACACGCAAAGCGUCUGUGUUCAAGCGCGCUCUAGCGAGAGAGAGCGCGCACGCUGCGUCGAGGCUGCGUCAUAGGGUUACAACCACGACGUCGCCCUGCCCGCUUGCUUCAUGCUUCCGGUGUUAUGGCCGCCUGUAUGGAAGGGGAGAGUUAUGUGUUAUUUGUGUGGAUAAACGUGUAGUUAGCCGGGAGAAAAUGGCGGUGACACAGCUGGUCCGGUUGGUCGCUUGUGGGUCGGCAGCACGUGUGACUUUCCGCAGUUACAGCAAGGAAUUGUGGCUGGUGUUUAUUUUCGUAAGGGUGUCCCCAUCUUCAUCUGAGCGUCUGCUUGUUUUUGAGUCUUUAAAGUCAAAACAAGCUCAUUCAAGAUCUGAAGUCGCAGAAAAGCCUCUCAGAAUCCAUUUGGGGAAUGGCCGGACAGUCAAGGGAACAGCGAGUGUAACCACGCCUCUCACAGUGGCACAAAGUGUGCGGGUAAAAGGGGCACUGGUGAGUAAAGUGAAUGGGGAGCUCUGGGAGCUCGGACGACCUCUAGAGGCAGAUUGUGAACUGCAGCUUCUUGGGUUCGACACAGUUGAAGGAAAGCAGGCAGCAUGGAGAACAGCAGCGUGCAUCUUGGGUGGCGUGUUGGAAAGAACUUUUGCUGCUGAGGUGUACAGAGAAGGAGCAACAGCGUUUGGGUUUUUCUGUGAUCAUGUGCUGGACAACAGUGCCUUGUCUCUAACGGAUGUGGAGCUGCAAUGUCAGGCGGCAGCAGCUCUCAAUCUUCCCUUGUCCAGGCUGGAUCUUAAUAUUGAGGAGUUCCGAAAACUUUUCCAGGGGAGUGACCUGAGGCUGCAGCUUGCUGAAGAUCAGACUAAUGGCUCCACUGUUACAGUCUAUAGGUGUGGAGACAGCUUAGCAGUGUGCAGCAGCCCCCUCCUCCCACACACAGGCUUUCUCAAGGUGUUCAAGAUGCUUCAGCUGUCCUCUGUGACCCUGGGCGAUCAGACUGGGCCCUCGGAUCUGAGGCGUCUUUUAGGUGUGGCGUUUCCCGGAGAGAAAGAGAGGGAGGAGUGGGAGAGGGAGCAGGAAGAGGCGAGGAGGAGGGACCACAGGCGUAUUGGGACGGACCAGGAGCUGUUCUUCUUCCACGAUGUGAGUCCAGGCAGCUGCUUCUUCCUUCCCAAAGGAGCCCACAUCUACAACACCCUCACUGACUUCAUUAAGAGUGAAUACAGAAGGCGAGGCUUCUCCGAGGUCGUGACCCCCACCCUGUACAGCACUGCAUUGUGGGAGCGCUCGGGCCACUGGGAGCACUACAGUGAGAACAUGUUCACCGUGACUUUAGAAGACUCUCAGACCUUCGCCCUGAAGCCCAUGAACUGCCCUGCACACUGUCUCAUGUUUGAGCAGCGGGUUCGUUCGUGGCGGGAACUCCCUCUGCGAUGGGCCGACUUCGGCGCCCUGCACCGGAACGAGCUCUCCGGGGCUCUGGGAGGUCUGACCCGAGUCCGCAGGUUCUGUCAAGACGACGCCCACAUCUUCUGCACAACUGAACAGCUAGAAGUUGAGAUCCUUUCUUGUUUGGACUUUGUGCGCAGUGUUUAUCAGGUGUUUGGGUUCUCCUUCCACUGCCUGCUGUCCACACGUCCCACGCCGUGCCUCGGGGAGCCCGAGCAAUGGGACAACGCUGAGCAGCAGCUGCAGAGCAGUCUGCAGCAGUUUGGAGAACAUUGGGAGUUAAACCCUGGAGAUGGAGCCUUUUAUGGACCAAAGGUUGACAUCUUGAUCAAAGAUGCGAUCGGCCGGCAGCACCAGUGUGCCACGAUCCAGCUGGACUUCCAGCUGCCGAGCAGGUUCGACCUGCAGUAUGUGGGACAAGAUGGACAAUUACACAGACCGGUGAUGAUCCACAGAGCAGUUUUGGGGUCUCUGGAGCGGAUGAUGGCUAUUUUGGCUGAAAACUUUGGAGGGAAAUGGCCCCUCUGGUUGUCUCCAGCUCAGAUCAUGGUUCUCCCUGCAGGGGGCAACAGUGAGCCAUAUGCCAGACAGGUGGUUCAGCAGUUCAAUGAAGCUGGCUUCAUGGUUGAUUUGAAUGCUGACCAGGGCACUACCUUUAAUAAGAAGAUUCGCUCUGCUCAGCUUGCCCAGUACAACUAUAUAUUUGUGGUGGGUGAUAAGGAGAAUGAGAGUGGAACAGUAAACAUUCGGAGCAGAGGAGGUAAACAGCUUGGCAGGAGGCCGGUGGUGGAAGUGCUGACAUCCCUCUCCCAGCUGCGAGACUCCAGGAGCAAUCUGGACGAGUUUUGAUUAGCGUGUCCCGGAAAAAUCACUGCAUCUUCUGUUUAUGAAAAAGUUGUUUCUUCAUGUUUAAGGUGUUGCAUUUCAGUUUUUAAUCAAGAUGUGGCUGCAAUCAUUUGUAUUGAAGGUUUGUAAAGCCUUCUACUUGAUGUACUUUGUUGUAUUUUUUCAAGUUUCUGUCUUUUUUAAUGCUGUAAAAGUUGGAGUUUAUUAAAAGAUAUCAGUUUGCAGCUUCA